UCUAGUUGGACACACAGACGCACCAGGAUCAGACGCGUCUUCCUGCGUCAACACAUUUUACUGACUCAACAGGAAGACGAGAAACAAGACGGUGCAGUUGAAUUUGUUUCUUUUCUAUAAGGAAACGCAGAUGUUGUCUUCAGACCCUGCUCAGGAAAUCGAAACUUAACCAACCUGAAAACAUGCAGUUUAUGAAAUCGAUGAACGAGGCCUACAUGUUAUGGCCUUCCUCUUCAUAGUUCGGGGUCAUCAUGUCUCUGAGUGAAGGUGAAGCAAGUUUUGUAAAGAAAAAGCAAGACCAAUCCUUGGCUUUGGAGCUUACAUGCCCCAUUUGCUUGGAGCUCUUCUCUGAACCGGUGUCUCUUCCCUGUGGUCAUAUCUACUGCUUUGCGUGCCUUCAGACCAUGGGAGAAGGUCUUGACCAACACAGCUGCCCAGAAUGUCAGGCAGAAUACCAUGAAGCUAAAGCACUGGUGAAAAACCUGAAAAUGUCCAGUAUUGUUGAGAAAUACAAAGCUGGAAGAUCUGAAAAUGUCAGCUAUGUUAAAAAUGUUUCUGAUAGAAGUCAGGCCUCAGUCAAGAAUGACGGUGGCUCUAUCACUGCUGAAAACGCCAGACAGGACCAGGAUGUAGCAUCAGAUGGAGGGAGCGAGGGGAUGGAUGGUCUUCAAAAGGAAUCAGCAUCCGCAAGCGAUCCCUGUUGUACGGUUCAAGAAAAAGGCAGUGGAAAAACCAAGACGGAAAUGGAUGAACCUAAAUUUAGACUGGCAUCUCAGGUCACAGAGUUGACCCUCAAACUGGAGCUGGCAGAGAGUGUGUUGAAGAAAGAGAGGGAAUAUGAGCUGGAUGUGAACACUGCUAAUACUCAGCUCAGAGAGAAAGCAGCCAAACUUCUAGAACAGAUAAAGGAUUUUUCGCAGAGCUACACUUCGCAGGUGACAAAGCUGAUCGAAGAAGAGCUAGGCCCAGGUGAGGCGAGUAUACAGAGUCGAGUAAGUCAAGCUUUUGAGCGAACCAAACAGCUAAGACAGGCCAUGCUCCGAGCUGAGUCCCUGCUGACUGAAGAAGAUGAGGCUGCAUUUACGGAUGAGCUUCAAAGUUUAGAACCAGUCAUUGGGGAGUGUUUGUCUAUGUCGACAGGAGAAGAGGAAGACCCCAUUGAAUCAAAAGUUAACUCUGCGCGAGCUUGCCCCAGGCUGGAGGAGCUAAAUGCUGAACUGAGGAAUCAAUUUGGAGAGAUUCAGCGCUCCCUCCGUAAUACCCUUAAUCCUUCAGAGGUGACCUUUGACCCAGAAACGGCCCACCCCAAUCUCAUCCUGUCAGAAGAUUUGAAGACAGUGACCUUUAGUACUUCCAAGCAGCCCUACCCGUUGUCUCCUCAGAGAUUCACCAGCUUUUUCCAAGUCCUCAGUACCCAGAGCUUCUUUGAAGGUGAUCAUUGCUGGGAGGUGGAACUUGAUGGCUCUCCGUGGAUCAUUGGUGUGUGCUACAGUGGGAAGCUUGCCCGUAGCGGUCUGCCCUCUGCCCUGGAAAGCAGCCAGAGCUCGUGGUGUUUGAUGUGGUUUAACAACCUGCUGACAGCCUUUGAGCAGGGUCACAGUGUGCCGCUAAAGAGGACCACAGUAUCUCGAAGGCUUGAGAUCAGAUUGAGUUUCAAGACCCACAGGCUCAGUUUCUACAACAUCAGCCCCACAAGUGGGAAGACUCAUGUGUAUACGUUUAAGGCUAACCUGACUGAACCCGUGUGCUUGGCUUACAGGAUGAUGUCAGGGCAACCCAAAGGACGUGUCACUGUAGUUUCUUAAUAAAAACAUCUCUAUUAACUAUAUUAUCUCAUCAGACAUACUGUCAAGUAGAAAAAGCAAAUGCACAACUAUGUAAAAAUACUGAAUUUGCAGAGUGGUUUAUAUGACUACUGUCAAACGAUACAAAUUUUUAAUCAGAUUUUUUUUUUUAACUUUUAUUUAACCAGGAAGUCCCUUGAGAUGAAAUCUCUUUCUCAAGGGAGACCUGACCAAGAGGCACAUCAGUACAAUCCAAAUGAA